AUGACUAUUGAAUUGAUAGAUUUUAUGAGAAAUCACUCUAUUGAGUUUGUACAACAACGAGAGAUGCAAAGUAUGAAAAAAGUAGCCAAUUUAUAUAAGAAUCUAUACAUGACAGCACCUGACACAUUUCUCUCAUGUGUAUGCGAUAGUGAUGAUGUAUUAGUAAGACCAUCCGAUACAAAGGUGGAAUCAGCAUACUUGUUUCUUCAGUCAUUCAAGAUUGUCCAAUACAACAACACAGCAAUAGAUACACUUUCAUGUGCUUCCUCACUCUCCAUUAAUCCUGAUAAUUAUUAUAAUCAUUCAGAUCAUGAAGUGACUCUUGGUGAUGUGAUUAUUAAUCCUUACAAAGAAUCUGAUGAGGUAAUGAGAACAGCAGCACUUGGAGGAAAUUUACUCAGUGUCAGCGAUUUACAAAACUCUGCUGUGUUGAAGCUUGGUGAAGUGUUGCAGGAUGUUAUUCAAUCACCUUUUGACCAAACAUCUAAGCAAACACCAACUCACGAGAGAAUCCUCCCCUUGUUUGUUAAAGGAAAAAAUCAAACAAUACUAACAUGCUCUUUGAGUAUAUCAAAGAUUUUGCUCUAUGAUAUCGACUCUGCAGGUGAGGGAAUGGUCUUUUUUAAUAUCAUUCUUCACGACAUUACUCAAAAAUACAAACUAUUGGAUGAAAUCAAUGUAGAAAAGGAGAAAGCUAUUGAGGCCAACAAAGCAAAGAGUCAAUUUUUAGCACAAAUGUCGCACGAAUUGCGAACUCCUCUUCAUGGUAUUAUUGGCCUUACUGAUGUGUUGCUAUCAAAAUGUAAAGAAGAAACAGAAAAUGAGAAAAACUUGGACACGUUUGAUAAGGCUGUAAAUCUCAAUAAUAUUUGCAAGGAUAGCGCCACUAUUGCAUUUGUGGAAAGUGAAAAAUCUCACUCACCAGUAUUGGAACAACAAACGAACAUUAUUCAGACAAUAAGGUAUAGUGGUAACAUUUUACUAGGCCUUAUUAAUGACUUAUUGGAUAUUUGCAAGAUUGAAUCCUCGAAAAUCAAGUUGGAAAAUAAGAAGUUCAAUUUGAGACGUGCUAUUGACCAAAUUCAUUGUGGAAUGUUUCAAUUACAAGCUAGAGAAAAAUCAUUAGAGUUCAAUUUACAGCUCGGUGAGAAUGUUCCAACUUUUAUAGUUGGCGACGAGUAUCGUCUUGUUCAAAUCCUUAUCAACCUGGUAUACAAUGCCAUUAAAUUCACCGAUAUGGGAUCAGUUUCUCUCAUUAUUGAGUCAAAACCACCAUCUGAAGACAACGUUUAUGAGCUUACAUUUAAGGUAACUGAUACUGGAAUCGGAAUUUCGCAACAUGAUUUGAAGAGAUUGUUUCAACCCUUCUCUCAAAUAUUGAGCACUUCACACAAGCAGACCAAGAUUAAUGAAGGUACUGGCUUGGGUCUUUACAUUUGCAAACAACUUGUCGAAAUGAUGAGAGGUACCUUGUGUGUUGAUAGUGAGGAAGGCGUGGGAAGCACUUUCUGGUUUACCAUUAAAUUCCAUGGUGAGUUUAUUCCUGGCUUUGAAGAAACAACCCGCUCCAAGAUACUUUCUAAGAAUGUAUCGUCUAAAUCACUGCUAUCCCUAGAAAAUUGCAAGAAAAAUGAGCUAACAACAGUUAGAACACCAACUAUUGAGGAUUUUGAAUCAAGUUUACCAAAAUUGAAAAUUCUAAUAGUUGAGGAUAAUGCAAUCAAUAGAAUUGUUUUGAUUAAUAUGUUGAAGAAAAUUGGUUGUACAAAUAUUGCAGUGGCUCAAGAUGGUUUGGAGGGUGUUCAACAAUUUGAAGAAUUUAAAAAGACCAAUCAACUUUUUGAUAUAAUUUUUGUUGACAUUUUCAUGCCUAGAUUGGAUGGUUAUGGAACUGUAAGAAGAAUACUGGAACUAGAAUCCAACGAUCCUUCCGAUCAUCACUCGAUUCUAGUAGCCCUGACAGCAAAUGGGUUUGAGGAAACCAGAAAUUAUUGUCUAGAGCAUGGAUUUGAUGUGUUUAUGAGCAAGCCAUUCUCAAUUACUGAUUUAGAGCAGUGUGUAACAAAUUGCAUGACCAGAAUCCAUCCAAGUAGUAUAAUUCCGUAAAUUUAUUUUUACAAAAUUUCAGUCGGAAGUGAUAUUGAAGUUAAAAUAAUUCAGGCUGAAUUACAUCUCUUGACAUUUAAAAACUCCAAUUAGACACUUCAAUGAAAGAUGAAGUUUUUUGUCGGGCGCUAUGUCGUUCGCUUAGUCGCAAACAUGCCGCCAGUUGACUAGAACCGAUCAUUAAGAACUGCACCAAUGUUAAAUAAUACAACAUAUCAAAAAAAUGGAAGAUAUUCUUGUAACUUGUUUCGUGUACAUCCC